AUGCUUUAUUAUGCAGGAGUCGUCCGAACGCCUGGAAAUGUAGACGAUGGGAACACAGUGACUGACUUUCUUCAAGAGGAAAGAGAGCGAGGCAUCACAAUUCAGAGUGCAGCGAUUUCCUUCCCUUGGAAAAAGCACGUUAUCAAUUUAAUAGAUACGCCAGGCCAUGUUGACUUCUCUGUGGAAGUGGAACGUUGUUUGCGCGUCUUGGAUGGAGGAAUCACAGUCUUGGACGGUGUAGCUGGUGUAGAAGCUCAAACCGAAACGGUUUGGGAACAAGCAAAUCGAUAUUGCCUUCCUCGCAUCAUCUACAUUAACAAAAUGGAUCGAAUUGGGGCAGAUUUUGAGCAAUCAAUCAAAACGGUUCAAGCGCGCCUGGGAGCCAAUUGUCUGCGUCUUCAGCUACCUCAUAUCGAAAACGAAGAUCUUGUUGGGAUCAUCGACAUCGUAAAACAAAAAUACAUUCCAUUAUCGAACUCGAUUGAUGAGGAUCCAAACGAAAACAAAGAAGUUACAAUUCCAGACUCUCUAAAAGAAUCUGCAUUCACCGCUCAAACUCAUCUAAUUGAACAAUUAGCCGAAGAGGAUUCCGGAUGCGAGAUCCAAGCCAACUUCAGCAGGCAAUUCGUCGUGUUCUGCUCCGUAGAAUCAAUCCACUAUUCUAACGAUCAAGGAAGCAAUCAAACUAAGGAGUUCUCUCUUAUCCCCGUUCUUUGUGGAAGCAGUCUGAAAAACAAGGGAGUGAUUCAACUACUGGAUGCAGUGAUUUCGUAUCUCCCUUCGCCUCGAGAAAUCCGCUUUCCCAAUCUUUAUCUUCAUUUACACAACCAGUUUGUGUCGAUUCCCUUCGCUACCUGUCUCAAAGGAGAUUCUUCCGUGCCUCUUUCGCUAACAUCCUAUCUGAAGCACUCUCCGACUCUUCUCUAUGUGUUUAAAAUCCAGUGGACGGCACAAGGGAUCCUGGGAUACGCUCGUGUUUAUCAAGGAACGAUCCAAAUAAAAACAGCUUUACUGAACACGCGAACCAUGAAACAAGAAAAGAUCCUUCGAAUCCUCCAGGUCUCAGCAGAUCAUACUGAUACACUGAACGAAGCUCGCGAGGGUCAGAUCGUGGCUAUUCAAGGCAUAAAUACGCUUCAAACAGGCGACACGCUCAUAUCACCAAAAGACGCGUAUCCCGUUCAUUUUGAGCCAUUAAAGAUCCAAGCACCAGUCUUUACAGUGAACGUGGAGGCAGAGAAUCAGCUGCAGCUGAACAAACUAGAGAAGGUGCUACACAUUUUGGAGCAAGAAGAUCCAUCGCUUUUGGUGAAAAACGACGAAGAGAGCGGUCAAUUGCUUCUUUCUGGAAUGGGAGAACUGCACUUAGAAGUCUUGCAGCAGCGAUUGAAGAGAGAGUUUUCGAUCGAUGCUUAUUACAGUAAGAUGCGAGUGAAUUAUCGAGAGAGCGUGCGAGGGCCCUUAUCAUUUAAGGACACAAUCGAACGGGUUGUAGGAUCAAAGAAAUAUCAGGUCUCUGUAGGGUUUGAAGUGGACAAGAGCGAAAACGAGCAAAAUGAAAUUGUAUUUGAAAAAACAAAAUUUUCACAUACGCUCGCUCCUCUCUCAGACGAAUCAACUCGAUGUAUUGAAGAAGGAAUCAAAUCUUGUUUAUCUCGAGGUCCUCUACUUGGAUAUUCGAUGAUUCAUUCUCGGAUCCGAAUCGACCCCAAACUCUGCUUGUGGGACGUCCAAACUCCGCCUGCCAUCAUUCAGUCCGCAGUAAUUUCUUGCCUUGCUUCAGGAUUGCGGAAGAACGCAGUUCAGUUACUCGAACCCAUAAUGAAAUACGAAGCAUCGGUGAGUAACACUUCACUUGGAAAUAUUCUUUCCGAUCUUACUGGCAGUAGGUAUUUUGCAAUCCAGUUUUAA